AUGAUGCCGAAGAGUUGUCGUAUUUGCGAGUAUUGUGGGACAUCAUACACCAAGAAGGAACACUACGAUCGUCACGUACGGACACAUACACGCGAAAGACCGUUCAAUUGUACUCGAUGUUCGUCCAAAUUCUCGCGGCGGGAUGCAUUACGGCGUCACAUUCGCAUCUGCCAUCCAGACGAAGAUGAAAACAGUGUCCAUACAGRGACCCCAGCGACAGCCGAUACAGGCGUGCUCGAUGCAGUGCAUCCGUCGACUUCUGUGGAGCAAACAACCCAUUUGAGCCAUCUUUUUCAAGAAGAAAAUGAUAUCCGAGCUGCCCAAAGUCCCUCUAGUCCCUCGAGAUAUUUCGCAAAUGAUAUGAGUUGGCAUUGGGACGAUGCACUGAAUCUGGAUCCAAACUUCUCCGUUGAUGAUCUAUGUUCGUUUGAUCCCAACACGGCCGAUCUCAGUACACCAUGGCUACCAAUGCUGCGCUCAUCUGGCGAGCUCGAGGUGMCACCAUUUCAAGCACAUUCAGGACCACCAAAUAGCCUCCCACGGCAACAGGCAAGCCCACAAUGGUUCACGCACAUGGCGCACCCCAGAAUUCAACCAAGCUGGUCUGCCGGACCUUCACAGUCUCACACGCCAAUGCCCACGGCCGAAGGAGAGAUAUCACGAGAUGCGCUUGCAAGCAGUUUAGUACUCAGACAGCCCUUACAAAACACAGCCCUACCCAGCGCACGGUUUCUAAAUCGCUGCAUUCACACUUUCACUACUCGUCUCUGGCCCGCCAUUCCAAUUAUCCAUCUCCCAACAUUCCAGCCUGCUCGGACAAAUCCGCUACUGUUGCUCUCCAUCUGUUCACUCGGAGCCCUAGCCAACGGAUCAGAGCAAGCCAUCUUCUACGCGGAAAGGCUGUUCGAAGGGGUACAAAAAGCUAUACUGGUAGCCUACUCGCCAGACAGAGCCUUGGAUAAGCAUGUGCUCGCUGCUUUGCAGGCAGCAGCCAUUGGACAAACCUUUGCGCUCAUGUCCGGCAAGCCUGAGCAUCUGAUGACUGCACAAGCCUUCCACAGCACCUUGUUCAUCGCCGCACGCAAGAGUCACACUUACCUCUCAGCCUCUCAGCCUUCACCUGAACCAGCACCAAGCUCCGUUCUAGCAAAGGAUUGGGACGACUGGGUCAUAGCCCAAACCAUCAUUCGACUCCUCAACGCCCUCUAUAUUCACAACGGCGAAGUUGCUGCGAUAACUCAACAACCUGCYUUCCACCGCACGCAAACAAUGGACAUUCCAGUUGCUGCUCAUGACAGUCUGUACCUGGCCAGGACAGCUGACGAAUGGGUCAACCUGCAGCAUGCAAUUCCCACCAACUCGCCUCCAUUCCGUUCAAACUUUUCGAACUGCGCCAUGCUAGAGUGCUUUAUUGGCGAGAUCAGCCAUGCUCGCUGCUUUCCCUUUUCCAAUAUGAGUGAUCAAUAUAUCGACGAGUAUCAAACGGCACUCCACGCAUGGUUUCUAGAGUCCGCCGAGUCAUUUCGAGCGGAUAGAGUGCAACGCUUGACCAUGCUCAGCUUAUGGCAUUGCACCUUUCUGCUUCUUCUAUGCGAUGUGAAUCUCGUAGAGAAAGCAUGUGGAAGAGAUGGAUCCACCAUCCCCAAUGCCGAGACCCAACAGCUGCGUGCUUGGAUGCUCACGCCUCGCGCCAAGCAAUGCAUGGCACAUGCAAUAUUUCUCUGCAGACUGACCGACGAUUUCCGCAUCUCCGAUGUGCCCGCAGCACAUGUAGCAAGAUCUCUCUGGCACGCGGGACUCAUCUUAGCAGUAUAUUCCUCCUUGGCGCAACCCAACGCAACAGGCGAUGAAUUACCUACCAUGACGACAGAGCACUACCCAGGCAUCGAAACGCUCCGUCAAGCAGACUUUUUGACCGAAAGUGACCUGGAGGUUCUCAAAGACGAUGCUACGCCCACGCGAUGUGGCAUGCUUGCAUUUGGUGUUUCCGCUACGCUACGACAUCUGGGUCCAUGGCCAGUCGCGGCACACUAUGCUACAACGCUCGAUCAGGUUCUGAACCUCAGCGAUUCGCAAUGA